CCGGAGCCUGACCCGGAUCUUUUCCCUUUUUUAAGGUGCUCUUGCCAGUCUCCCCUCCCCUCCCCCGAAGCAACCCUCGGAGCUCUGUAAUGGGGGGCCGGGCUUCCUCCCGGCUGGUCUUGGCGCCGAGGCCACUGCAGCCUUCAUGCCGACGGAGGGCGGCGGUGGGAAGGGAAGCGACGGGGCUUCUCGGGGUCUUCGCGCCUGGCUGCUGGACGGGGGUGCGACGCGUAUUUUGCAUGGAGACGACCAGCUUCCCAAGGCUUUGAGCCUGGAAGCUCCGCGGGAAGGAAGGCGGGAGAAGGGAAAUUGCAGCAGCAGCAGCAGCAGCAGCAGCAGCAGCAGCGGAUCUUCCGAGCGAGCAGCGAUCCUGUGGCUAAACGGGGACACCAAGCAACCGCUGAAGAUGCAGCCCUGUGCAUCUUGUGAAGGAGGAACCACAGACUUCUGAACCCAAAUCCAUGAAACUGAUUCUGAGCAGAUACGCAAGAGAAUUCCAGGAAAAUGUCUUCGUUGGAAUUCCCUAACGUGACAAUAAAGUUAGAAGACAAAGAAGAUGUCUCCUGGCUUCCAAACAACCAGGUGGCAGAAGGAAGUCGGAGUUUCUCAGUUGAUCGUUCAGGAUUUCCAGUUCCCAAGUCUGAAGUGAUCCAUGGGGGAGAUCCAUGGAUUCCGGAGCCUAUUUCGCAAGAAAAAGAAAUUCCAGUAGAUUAUGGUUCCGAGCUUCCAGAUGUAAUAAUAAAGCUGGAACAGGAAGAGAUUCCAUAUGUUCCCUGCCCCCAGGUUUCAGAAACAAGUGUGACAUUCAAAGCAGUUCAAUCAGGAGGUGGCCAUGACAAAAUGUUGCAGAGAGAAAUACCAUUUUACUCCGGCUGUGUGAGACGUUUCCCUGACAAACCCGACCGUGUCAAGCAAGAGAACCAGAACACAGCCGAGAAGCCCCACAAGUGCUCUUGCUGCACCAAAAGCUUCAUGAAGAGGUCCAACCUUCGUACCCAUGAGAGAAUCCACACGGGGGAGAAGCCAUUCCGGUGCUCCGAAUGCGGCAACAGCUUCAGCGAUGGUUCCAGUCUCAUCAGGCACAAGCGGAAGCACACCGGGGAGAAGCCGUACAGCUGCUCGGCAUGUGGGAAGCGGUUCAACCAGAGCUCCAGCCUCAUCAGGCAUGAACGGAGUCACACAGAGCAGAGACCCUACAAAUGCUUGGAAUGCGGGAAAAGGUUCAAUCAGAGCUCCACCCUCGUGCGGCACGAAAGGAUCCACCGAGAACAGAGACUGUACAAAUGCUCGGGCUGCGAGAAGAGAUUUAUUCAGAGCUCCAGUCUCCUGGCUCACGAGAGGAUCCACCGGGGAGAGAAACCUUACAGCUGCACAGUUUGCGGGAAGGGCUUCGUCCAGAAAUCUAACCUUCUGAUUCACGAGAUGAAACACACCGGUUUGAAGCCGUUCAAAUGUCCGGACUGUGGAAAAGGUUUCAAUCAGAAUUCAAGUCUCGUCAUACACCGGAGAAUCCACACGGGAGAAAAACCGUACAGUUGCUCGCACUGCCGGAGACCUUUCAGCGACAAGUCGAGCCUUAACAAACACGAGCGAGCCCACCGAGGGGACAAACCGUACAAGUGUUCCAGCUGCGGGAAAAGUUUCGUGCGGAGGUCUCACCUCCUGACUCACGAAAGGAUCCAUACAGGCGUGAAGCCGUUCAAGUGUUCAGACUGUGGUAAAAGCUUCAGCAGCCGGUCGCACUUGAUCAGACACGAGGGGACGCACACAGGGGAGAAGCCCUACGAUUGCUCGUUCUGCGGGAAGAGCUUCAACCGGAAGUCCAACCUGACGAACCACGAGAGGACACACACAGGGGAGAAGCCUUACAAGUGUUCUGAUUGCGGGAAAAGCUUCAGUGACAGGUCCAGCCUGAUUAAACACGAGCGGAUCCACACCGGGGAGAAGCCGUACAGUUGCGCGAACUGCGAGAAGAGCUUCAGCGACAAAUCGAGCCUUAUCAGGCACGAGCGAAUCCAUACGGAGGAGAAGCCGUACAAAUGCUCCGAUUGUGGGAAAGGAUUCAACCAGAGUUCGAGUCUCAUCGUGCACGAGAGAACCCACACAGGCGAGAAACCCUUCAAAUGCUCCGACUGCGGGAAAGGCUUCAUUCGCAGGACGAUUCUUAAUAAACACGAGAGGACCCAUGCUGGGGAGAAACAAGGAGGGGGGGCUCUUUUUUUGGGGGGGGCACUUUUCUCCACCUCUCAGAUCUUUGCCCGUCUGAUCCUGUCUAGGAUUGUCCGCUCGCUCCGUUUAACCCCUUCGGCGUUUAGGAAAGCGAGGGACGGGGGGGAGAGACAUCGCUUCUUCCCGGGAAAAGACCAGGACAGGACAGGAGGACGGAAGCGAGGCUGGAUAGCUCAAUAUCGCCGCAGCUUCCACUACGCGCAGAUGCCGGUGAAUUUCAAAGAAGUUGCUAUGUAUUUCCCAGAGGAUCAAGGACUGUUGUUGGAUGUAGGUCAAAGGAGUCUCUAUGAAAGUGGCAUGCAGGAGAAUGCAGGUGAUGGGCAGAUCCACGAGAAGAAAGAAGGUGUGUUAGGGCAAAACGAUCACCAAAAUCAACAAAUUGGAACAUCCCCGGACACAGUGGAUGAAGCAGUGUCCUUGUUUUUUGAAGCAAGAGAGCCAACCGUGAAGCAUCUCAACCCAGAGAGGCAGCGUCAACACCAUUUAGCAAAGAGAAGAGACAGCUCUGCGGCUUACACCCAAGUCCCCCAGCCUCCGGGCCAAGGUGCACCUGGAAAGACCAGGCGCAGAUCCAAGAUCCCAAGAACCUGUAAUGAAUGUGGGAAGACGUUCGCUCAGGCUUCCAACCUCUUGGCCCAUAAACGGAUCCACACGGGCGAGAAGCCCUAUAAAUGCGUCCACUGCGGGAAAAGCUUCACCGAAAGGUCGAAUCGUAACCGGCAUCAGAGGACCCACUCGGGACAAAAGCCCUACAAUUGUCUUGACUGCGGAAAAAGCUUCAGCUUCAGGUCCGACCUCAUCCGACAUGGGAUCACCCACACGGGAGAGAGGCCGUACAAAUGCUCGGAUUGUGGGAAAAGCUUCAGCCAUGCCUCGACCCUCAUUCGGCAUGAGAACAUCCACACGGGGGAGAAACCCUACUCCUGCGCGGACUGCGGGAAAUGCUUCACCCAGAGCUCGUCUCUUCUGGCGCAUAAACGGCUGCACACCGGAGAGACGCCGUUCAUCUGCCCUGUUUGUGGAGAAAGCUUCAACUGGAAGUCGCAUCUGGUGACGCACAAGCGGACCCACACUGGGGAACGGCCAUAUAAGUGCGGCAAGUGCGAGAAAAGCUUCAUCGAGAAAUCCAAACUGAACAGGCAUCAGAGAACCCACGUGGAGAAGGAACCGUAUGGAUGUGGGGAGUGCGGGAGAAUCUUUAGCCUCCGAUCCAACCUGGCUCGGCACGAGACCACUCACCACUCAUCCUACCCCUGUUUGAGCUGCGGGAAAAGUUUCAACCAGUCGGCGAAACUGAUGCGGCACGAAAGGAUCCACACCGGAGAGAAGCCCUAUUCCUGUUCAGGCUGUGGGAAAAGUUUCAGCCAGACCUCCGAACUCCUGCGGCACGAAAGGAUUCACACCGGAGAGAAGCCGUACAAAUGCUCGGCCUGCGGGAAGUGCUUCAAUCGCAAAUCGCACCUCAGCACUCACGAGGCAACCCACUUAGCUGACCUGCCACGUGGAGGGCUACAAAGCAGGACAGUCUAUGACAGCAGCUCACUCUUUAUUGCAGGGCUGAGUCCCCACCAGCAGACCCACACAGAGGGCCAGGCGUAUCCUAGCUCCGACAGUGAAAAAGACUACAGCCACAGUUCGAUCUUUAUUGCGGGGCUGAACCCCAGCAGGCCCACACAAGUAGGUGACCAGCUGUAUGAAUGGCCCAACAGCGAGACAAACUAUGGCCAUUGUUCCCUCCUAAUCACUGGAAUCAAUCCACAGGAAGGCACCCAGGCAGAGGAACCCCCGUUUCAGGGUCCAGACAGAGAGCCCAGCUACACUCGAAGCCCCUUAUUUAAAAGCAUCAUGAACACACGCCAGGUGGUCCUUUCAGGAGGCCGACCGAUUGCCUGCCUGGACCGCGAGAAAAAUUGCAGUGACCCUUCGCUUUUCCAGAAGGAGGAGAAACUGUUUAAAUGUCCCGAAUGUGGAAAGAGCUUCAACUGGCAGUCUCAUUUCACCAGGCACAAAAGAAUCCACACGGGAGAAAAGCCGUACGGUUGCACGGACUGUGGGAAAAGUUUCAACCGCAGGUCACACCUCGUUCGACACAGCAGGACUCACAACGGACUGAGCCUGUACUCUCCGACUGUUGAAGAAUCCUCAGUUCAGGACCCUAUUUUCUUAAACCCAAGUGAAUCAACGCAGGAGAAAACUGUGAUUAACACACAGACUGUGGGGGCUUCCUUUAUCGCUCACACAAGGUUACAGCCUGAAAACCUCACAAUUCUGUCUGCUGAACCCACUCAGGAAUAAAUGUUGUGCAGGUUCAGUGCAGGAUGAAGUAUUAAAGAACUCAUCCCGGGGAAAAGCUGUGUAAUGGGCAACUUAGUAGUAAAAUAUCAGUUCUCACUAGGCCCAAAUGCCUGUGGCAAGGAAACGGUGGCCUUAGCUCUUAUGAAUAAUAGAAGUGAUAAAACUGUUCCUAGCAGGAGAGAUCACACGGAGGUUUUUCCAUAAAAUAAUUCCAAAUCUCCAUGCUCAUUGAAAAGUAGCAUGUCAAGGAGCUAAAUUAGCAGUCUUCCUGAGGUGCUUCUAUACCAGUGAUAUACUGCCGAGUAGGUCACGUGGAAACGUGCGCACAUGCUCUUGUCAGGGCCAUGCUCCGGAAAAGUCAAAACUUCUGGGUUCUAGCAUGCGUGCGCGCCCGAUGAUCAGCUGGUCAGCACACAUGCACAGGCCAGUUUUCAGCACUGCCGUACAUGCGAAGAGAUCGCACUCUGGAAAACCAUACUUCCGGGUUCUGGUGUGCAUGCACACCUGACAAUCAGUGGGGCAGCGCUUAUGCGCCCGCCGGUUUUCGGCACUGCCACACAUGUGAGGGACAGGUGAUCAUUGCGCGCACAUGCACGCUAGAAACCCAGAAGACAAACAGACAAAGCCGCGUGUGCUGGGCGACAUGGUUUCACGUGCUACUUUGGGCACACGUGCCAUAGGUUCGCCAUCACGGUUCUUAUAUAAUAUAUAAUAUAAUAUAAUAUAACAACAGAGUUGGAAGGGACCUUGGAGGCCUUCUAGUCCAACCCCCUGCCCAGGCAGGAAACCCUACACCAUCUCAGUCAGAUGGCUAUCCAACAUUUUCUUAAAAAUUUCCAGUGUAUACUAGAAAUUUUUGUAUUCCAACAUACUUAAGGGUUUGUUUUUUUCAUGGACGUACGACCCUCCGGCUUCCAAUCUGUCAUUCAAAAGAAGGCUAUUAAAAUAAAGUUUUCAAUCCAAAGCUAAACCAUAUGGAAGAAUUCAUGGCAAGGAUGUUUUCUCUUUUCCCGCAUUUGCAAAUUCUUCCUGUAGAGCUGAGGUGGGGAAACCUGGCCUCUCCAGUUGUUGCUGUAUUUUCGCUAACAUUCGCCUCAGGCAGUGAAUAUCAAGGAUGAUGGGGAUUAGAGUCCAGCAGGGUCUGGAGUAGUACAGGUGCUCAGUCUCAACUGUUAGGGAAAUGACAAGACCACUCAAGAUAAUAAUGGGAUUGUAGAGCUGAAUAGGGAUGCGGUGGCUCAUUGGCUAAGACGCUGAGUUUGUCGAUCGAAAGGUCGGCAGUUCAGCGGUUCGAAUCCCUAGUGCCACGUAAUGGGGUGAGCUCCUGUUACUUGUCCCAGUUUCUGCCAACCUAGCAGUUUAAAAGCACGUUAAAAUGCAAGUAGAAAAAUAGGGACCAUCUUUGGUGGGAAGGUAACAGUAUUCCGUGUGCCUUUGGUGUUUAGUCAUGCCGGCCACAUGACCACAGAGACGUCUUCAGACAGCGCUGGCUCUUCAGCUUUGAAACAGAGAUGAGCACCGCCCCCUAGAGUCGGGAACGACUAGCGAGGGGAACCUUUACCUUUACUUUUUAAAGCUGAACAGCUCUCAAUGUUAGAAAACUCCUUCCAUUAAAUUAAAUUAAAGUAUUCCAGUAUUUGAGAGGCUGCCACAAAGGGGAGGGGGUCAAUUUAUUUACCAAUGCACCUGUAGGCAGGAUAAGAAACUGGAUGGAAACUAAUCAAGGAGAGAAGCAACCUGGAAUUGAGGAGAAACUUCCUAACAAUGAGGACAAUUAACCAGUGGAACAGCUUUGCCUUCAGAAGUUGUGGGUGCUUCAUCACUGGAGGUUUUUAAGAAGAGACUGGACUUGUCUGAAAUAAUAUAGGAUCUCCUGCUUGAGCAGGGGGCUGGACUAGAAGACCUCCAAGGUCCCUUCCAGCUCUAUUCUGAUUGAUUGAAAUUAAAUUCCUGCCUAGAUGGGGUUGGAGUAGAAAACCUUCAAGGUCCCUUCCAACUCUGUUCUGUUAAAUUAAAAAAAAAACACACACCCUCACCUGUGUUUUGAGAGGCAAGUUCCACUUAGGCUAGUAACAGUGUUUCCCUGCUUUCUGAAAAUUAGAUCUUAAAGCCAUUUCCACCUGUCUAUAUAGAUAGCAAAGGUAGCCUAAAGGAAAUUGCAUGAAUUGGUAAGUUUAGAUGAUAACAUAUUAAUUAGAAUGACAGUACAAACAGUCUUUGACUUACGACUGUAAUUGAGCCCAGGAUUACAGUUGUAAAUCAGCCUGGUCUUUAAGCAGGACACCCUGUAACCACACCUGACUUUACAACCUUUUUUUGCUACUGUCGUUAAACAAAAGCUGCAGUAUUAAAGCAAAUUCAUUGUCUGCAAUGGGUGGUUUUUGGGUUGUUGUUGUUUUUGUUGGAAACCAGAAGUAAAAGCUGUAAUAUAUAUAAACCAGCUCAUGUUUAUGAUUGUUUGCUGUUGUGACUCGUCCUCCCUCCUCUCCUCAGCCGGGCCCCUCCCGUCUCCAACCGGGCCUUUUAUCAGACUCCGAGUCUGAUAAUGAAGAUGAACGGCCUGUCAUGACUCCAGCCCCCGGCCCUGGCCCCAUGCCCGGAGAGGAUUCAAGGAGUGAAAGGAGAAGCCCAAUAAACCUCACUCAUACAGCGUGUGUUCCUUUGGCUCAGCCUUCAGAGCAGGAAGCCAGCCAGGUGGUGGAAUUACCCGGGCCUACUCCCUCUGACCCCUCCCUUUCCCAGAUGCUGGCAGCAGAUCCAGCUGAAGACAAUUCAGAUUUGGUGGCCCCUCGCUUCUGGAGAUCUGAGAGGCGAUGCCAGCAGAAGGAAGGGUGGGGCAGGCCUGGAUAAAUGCUGAGUCAUGGAGCCACACCCCACAGCCUAUAUAAAGGACCUACUUUUGGCAUUCCAACCUUGAGUCAAGCAAAGUCUUAGCUAGUUUGCUGAUAUCGGACCCUAUCGCUGAAGUCACAACUUGGACUCCUGCCUGCCCUGAUAAACCUCGAAGGAACUUGGCAAGCUGCAGAGGCUUCGUUGCCAAGUUUGUUACGGACUUCCUUGACUCGUUCGUCAGAGUGGGGGUGGGACACGACAUUUGCAGUAUUCCAGAGAUCACAUGACAUAUAUAUACAUACAUACAUAUAUAUAUAUCUCAAUUCCUGGCAGAUAGAUGGUGAAGAAAUGGAGGUAGUGACAGAUUUUAUUUUCCUGGGCUCCAAGAUCACCGCAGAUGGGGACUGCAGCCAAGAAAUUAAAAGACACUUUGCUCCUGGGGAGGAAAGCUAUGGCAAAUCUAGACAGCGCACUUUUCUGCCAACAAAAGUGCGUAUAGUCAAAGCUAUGGUUUUCCCAGUUGCAAUAUAUGGCUGUGAAGGUUGGACCAUAAGAAAGGCUGAGCGCCAAAGAAUUGAGGCCUUUGAAUUCUGGUGCUGGAGAAGACUCCUGCAAGUCACUUGGACUGCAAGGCGAACAAACAAGUCAGUUCUAGAGGAGAUCAACCCUGAUUGCUCUUUAGAAGGCCAGAUCCUGAAGAUGAAACUGAAAUACUUUGGCCAACCAAUGAGAAAGAAGGACUUACUGGAGAAGAGCCUAAUGCUGGGAAAGAUUGAGGCCAAAAGAAGAAGGGGACGACAGAAAACGAGGUGGCUGGAUGGAGUCACAAGCAGUAGGCAUGAGUUUAAAUGGACUCCAGAGGAUGGUAGAAGACAGGAAGGCCUGGAGGAACGUUGUCCAUGGGGUCACGAUGGGUCGGACACAACUAACAACAACAAAAAUUGCUCGCAGAAGCACAAAGCCGAAAGCACCAGCCUGAAGAUGAUGAGUGAGACUUUGUCGAAACGUCGCCAAGAUACUCUCAACCUUACACGGGAAAAGACCCAAAUAUGCCAAGACCUACAUAAACACACACACACACACAAACAGGUACAUACGUGCGCGCGCACACACACACACAUAUAUCAUGUGAUCUCUGGAAUACUGCAAACAAUCAUAAACGUGAGCUGGUUGCCAAGUGCCCAAUAUGGGAUCAUGUUAAUCGGGGGUAAUUUGUUAGAACUUUGAAUCUGGAUCAUAAGUCGUCUUGGGGAGGUCCAUCAAAACUUUGAAUGGUUGCUAAGUCUCCAGUUAUAAAUUGAGGACUACCCAUAGGUACAGUACCGGUAGUCCUUGACUUAUGAUCACAGUCGAGCCCAGAAUUUACGUUACUAAGUGAGAAAUUUGUUAAUGGAGUUUUUGCCCCAUUUUUCAACUUUUAAUCACUGCAGUUGUUAAAUUAGUAACACGGUUGUCAAAGAGAAUCCGGCUUCCCCGUUGGCUUUGCUUGUCAGCGCAACCGUCAUAAAUAUGAACCAGUGCCCAAGCAUCUGAAUUUUGAUCACAUGACCAUGGGGAUACUGCAACGGUCAUAAGCGUGAAAAAUUGUCACAACUCAACUUUUUUCAGUGCUGUUGUAACUUCAAAUGGUCACUAAACAAACUGUUGUAAAUCGAGGACUACCUGUAUAUGCCAGGAAAACAUGGGAUCUCUUCUUGCAGGAAAACAUUUUUAUACUAACUAGACUGUACGAAAAAUGGAAAGCAAGAACCUUCUUCCUAGAGAGGAGAUGGAGAGAAAAUUAGGACUGGAUCUGAAGAAGGAUGAGCUAAAUGUUCUGGAACAACCUCUGCAGUCAAUAGUUUGCAACAGCUUCUUCUUGAAUUAAAAUAAAAUAAAGAUGUUAAAUGGAUUCUCCAUGACCCAAGACCUUUUUUCCCCUGGGUCCGUAUCACAACUCUUCAAGAAGAUCAAGAUGUAUUUCUUACAUACAUACUACUUCACUUUUUAAUAUUUAACUUUCCUCCUUAAUCUUUCAGAUAGAACCUCCUGAGAUGCCAAGAAUAAUUUAGGCAGACCCAAUGCGUAGAUUUUGUGGGCUGGUCAAUAAUAGAAGAUAUGGAUU